AUGAUAUUGAGGACUCCACCGGCGAAGAAGCUCCGGUCCGACGCCGGAAACAGCCCCACCCCCACCGGCGCAGCUAGCUCCGGCAAUAACCUCAUUAUCUAUGAAGAUUCUCCUCUUCCUGCUCCCCUUCAAACAACUUCUCAUGAUCAUUCCGAUCAGUACCUUUGUACCUAUCAAUGCCGCCAAAUGGUUAAAGCUGAUGUUCUAGAUGCAUUGAGCAAAGCAGAGAAACAAGCUCAGGAGUAUCAGACUAAAUUGCAGACUCUAAAUGAGAGUUUCACCGAAGCAGACGCAGAGAGAAAUCAGUUUCGAGAUAAGUUUUUGUACUCAGAGCAAGAACUUGCUGCUGCUAAAGGGCGUGAAAAGAUGCUUCAGGAGCAGCUUCUAGUGGAGAUCAACAAUUCUCAAGAGCGGUACAGCACAAAGCUACAAUCAUGCCAAGAACUUGAGGUAAAACUUCAAAAUGAAACCAAUCUUCGAAAGAAAGCCGAGUCUUCUGCUGCAACAGCAGAAGAAAAAGCUAAACUUUUGGAGGAAAAACUAAGUCAGCUAUCUGGAAGUGUGGACAGGGAGAAGAAACGUCUCAACAAUGAUAUUGCUCACUUGGGUAAAGAAGCAAAGCUUUCUGUAUCUAGAAUCGGUGCUGAUCUUGAAAGGAUGCAAUGCAGAGCACAAAAUGCAGAGAAGGAAUCAGAUAUUUUAAGAUCACAGCUGGAGCAUCUUAAACAGAAAUUUGACGAGUGUUUGCACGAAAAAACUGAAGUAGACACGAAGCUUUCGUCAUUCAUUUCUCAAGCAGCAUCUCCUUCGGAUAAUAGUGUAUUGGUUAAAAAUCUUCAGGAGGAACUUAAGCACUAUGAAGCUGAAGUGAGGGAAGCUAAAACGUUUAAAUCACAGCAGUUAGAUGCUGAGCUAUUGAAAGUGAAAUUACUGGAAGAAAAAAGCCGUAGAGAGAGGGCGGAAUCAGAGUUAUUAAAGUUGCCUGAACUGCAGAUGAUCAUGGACAAGUUGGAAGAUGAAUUGUCCUCUUGGAAGUCUUUGCUAAACAACAUUCCUGGUGUAUCCUGUCCUGAUGACAUAAUUAUGAAACUCUCGGCGCUGCAGAAGGAGGUGCUUGAUAGCACUAUGAAGAUUGGGGAAGCAAGCACACGUUUUAAUCAACUCGAGGCGGCUCUGGAUGCUGCACAACUUGGGAGGCAGAAUGCUGAAACUGAGGUUGCAUCUGCCAAAGAGAAAUGUGAGGCACUCAAAUCAGAUUUGAAGAGGAUUGAAGUAAUGCUUUCUUUGGUCACAGAGGAGAAAGAACAAUUAAAAGCUGUUGUUAGUGAAUUAAGGAAGUCCAACAGUGAAGGAUCUGUGUCCGGCGCCACGGAUGGAACGCUUACUCAGGGGUUUGAAUCUUCUCUUGCGAAGAAGGAGAACUAUCUUAAGGAGUUGGAGAAGGAGCUAAGUCAACUGAAAGAUGUCAAUAAUCGUCUACGGGAUGAAAUAGAACAUCUAAAUGAUAAAUUAGUCAAUGAAGCAAGGAGAAUGAAGUCUCUGGAGAGGGAUAGCGAUCGUCUUCGCUCUGAGAUCUCCUUGCUGGAGUCAAGGCUGGGUCAUGGUGAUUUUUCUGCUGCAAAUACAAGGGUUUUGCGGAUGGUAAAUACUCUUGGUGUCGAAAAUGAGGCUAAACAAACAAUCGAGGCUUUACAGGCUGAGUUGCAGAAGACAAGAGAAAGACUCCAAGCUGUUGAAGAAUUGAAGAGUCAGUCUGGAGAUGCUGGGAAGCUAGUAGUUGACUCUCAUAUAACUGGAAAGAUUGCUCAGCUAAAAGAACAAAUUGCUACACUAGAAAAACGUGAAGAGAGGUACAAAACUGUUUUCGCCGAUAGAAUUUCCGUGUUUAGAAGGGCUUGUUGUGAGCUGUUCGGUUAUAAGAUUGUAAUGGACGAACAUGAUCGUCCCAAUGGAAUCCCAGUGACUCGGUUUACUCUGCAGUCAAUAUAUGCUCAAAGCGAUGAUGAAAAGCUUGAAUUUGAUUACGAGUCAGGAAACACGAGUAUUCUAGAGAAUCAGUACAUCUCUCAGGGUGAGAUAGCAAAGCAGAUAGAAAUAUUCAUCAGGAAAUUCAAUUCGAUUCCAGCAUUUACAGCCAAUUUAACCAUGGAAUCAUUCAACCGCCGCACGCUAUAUUGA